AAGCAUUUGUGGCUCAAGUGAGGCGCAGCCAGGGAGUGGGAUCACAAAAGAUCUUCAUUCCGUGAUGGGUUGCGGAUCUAGUACUGCAAAUGUGCCCUCAGCGGCCCCAGUGUCGACAAACCCGGAUGACUACUUCCCGUAUACGGGCAAGGAUGUGUGGUACACAUGCAAGGCCGAUGUUGCCUUGGAAUUGAGAUGUGCCAAGCAAGGCGUGGCCAGUCUUGAUGGCUGUCCUCCCACCACUUUGCCCAAGCUGUUGAAAAAAGCCGCAGAGAAGGACGGCUCUCUGCCCGCUUUGAAGGCGGAGAGGCCCUGUCCUGCGUUGAUGGGGAAUGGCCCUGCUCCUCCAGCCUUGCCUGAUGAUCAGUGGAAGACGUGGACAUGGAAACAGUACUACGACGACGUGCGGAAAGCAGCGAAAGGAUUUCUCAAGCUUGGACUUCAACCCUUUGAGUCUGUGGCUAUUUGGGGAUUCAACUCGCCUGAGUGGAUGCUGACUACGAUUGCUGCGGGCAUGGCAGGGGGGAAGUCUGCUGGACUCUACCCCACCGAUUCACCAGACACAGCUGCUUUCAAGGUGGUGCACAGUGGAGCCAGCAUCGUGAUCAUCGAAGACAAGACCAAGUUGGACCGGCUGAUUCCUGCCCUAAGUGAUCGGCAGUAUGCCGGCAAGGUGAAGACUUUUGUAGCCUAUGGCUAUGAACCAAGUGCCAACGAAACGGUGGAAUAUCGAGGAUCUAAGGUGCCAGUCAUCAGUUGGGCUGCGCUGCUGGAGAUGGGAUCCUCGGGGUCAGACCAGGAGUUGGAUGCGCGCUGUGAGGCGCUGCAACCAGGACACUGUGCAGCGCUGGUCUAUACCUCUGGGACGACAGGAGAACCUAAGGCUGUGAUGAUCUCCCAUGACAAUGUGAUUUUCGAAUCAACCUCUGUGAUCGGGAUCGGAGCUGAGCACAUGGGAUUCUGCAAAGGAGGAGCAUCCCUUGCAGAAAGGCACGAGCGCAUCCUUUCCUAUCUGCCGCUGUCGCACAUUGCAGGCCUCAUGGUAGACAUUGCGUUCCCCAUCGCAGCCACCGCAUCAUCCCCUGCCUACGUCACCACCUAUUUUGCCAGGCCUUAUGACUUGAAGGCUGGCAGCCUGAAAGAUCGUCUCUGCGUCGCUCGUCCCACCGCCUUCUUAGGUGUCCCCUUGGUCUGGGAGAAAGUCGCCGACAAGUUGAGGACUCUGGGCGCCAACAACCCCGGCUGGAAGAAAUCCCUGGCUGCCUGGGCUAAGGACAAGGGCGUCCGGCGUGCUAGGGGACAACAACUUGGAGGUGAUGGUGCCCAGCCUGGUGGCUAUGGACUCGCCAACAAAGUGGUCUUGUCUAAGGUGAAGGGACUUUUGGGAUUGGACAAGGUGAAGUUCGGAAUCACCGGCGCUGCGCCCAUCCGUGUGGACACUUUGGAAUACUUUGGCUCGUUGGGUUUGCAGAUCAACGAGGUCUAUGGCAUGUCCGAGAGCACUGCGGCAGUCACGGUGUCCACCACCCGGGUGCAUCAGUGGGGCUCCUGCGGAUUUCAAUUGCCAGGGAUGGAGGUGAAAGCUUUCAAAGUCGACUCAGAUGACAUCAACAAAAGGACGGAAUGCCCCAGAGCACCUCAACUGGAUAGCACAGAUGAAAGCUUCCAAGGAGAACUGUGCUUCCGUGGGCGCAGUAUCAUGAUGGGAUACCUGGCCCAGCCCGAGUUGGGGUUAGAGCAUGUGGCAGAGAUUGAGAAGAAGACGGCAGGCACCAUUGACAAAGAUGGCUGGUUGCAUUCAGGUGACAAGGGCAUCGUCUGUGAAAGCGGGAUGGUGAAGGUCACGGGCCGCUACAAGGAGAUCAUCAUCGGUGCUGGAGGCGAAAACAUUGCGCCGGUGCCCAUUGAAGAUCAUAUCAAGGCCAGUUGUGACGGCAUCAACGAGGUCAUCAUGAUUGGCGACAAGCAGAAGUACAACGUGGCAUUGGUCACCUUGAAGGCUGUUGGUGCAAAUGGUGAGACGCCAGGGACAGACAAACUUGAUGCUGGCGCACUGCGUGUGAACCCCGCCGUGAAGACUAUCACGGAAGCUCUUGAUGAUUCCGUAUGGAUUGACCAAGUGAAGUUGGCGAUUGAAAAGGCCAACGACAACCCCAAGGUUUGCCACAACAAUGCCUUCAAAAUUCAGAAGUUCAUGAUUUUGCCUACCAACUUUUCGGAGGAGCAGGGCUUCCUGACGCCCACCAAGAAGAUGAAGAGACCAGUGGUAGAAAAGGCAUUCGGAAAACAGAUCGAGAUGAUGUACAGUUCCAAGGAGACCUAUGUCCGUUACCAAGAGUGAUGCCAGUGAGUGGCCUAGUUUUCAAAUUUCAUGAAGGUAUUGGACGAGUACAGCGUGAGCUGAUGCAUGCCUUUUUUUCUGGGUUGGGGUGUGGGUCCAGUAGCGGAAACGCGCUCUACAGCGGCAUCCCACCAUAUCGAACUGCGACCUGUGCCUUGAAAA